CCUCCAUUGGUGUGUGUUAUCCAGAGUGGGAAGUGUAGCGGAUUUCACACACUCACACACACACCCACACUUUAAAAUUCUCCACAGUAAACAUGUAGACUACAUACAUGCUGAACUACAUGCUGCGUUCAAGGGACCGCCUGAUGUAAAAGGUAAUGGAUUCAAACCUCCCUUGUUUAAUCCUCUUCCUCUUGAUCGGCUGUGUGAAAUGCUCCUUUGAUAACCAACACGAUGGCAGCCGGCGCUACGGGUACUGUGUGCUGGGAGCCGGGCCGGCCGGGCUGCAGAUGGGCUACUUCCUGUCCAAGGCCAAAAGAGACUACAUCAUCCUGGAGAGGAACUCUGGACCGGGCAGCUUCUUUAACAAGUAUCCCAGGCACAGGAAGCUCAUCAGCAUCAACAAGAUCCACACAGGAAGGCAGAACCGAGAGUUCAACCUGCGCCACGACUGGAACUCGCUGCUGAGCGAUAACCCCGACCUCCUGAUGAAGAGAGUGAGCUCUGAGUUUUACCCUCCGGCCGACGCCUUCCCGACCUACCUGUCCAUGUUUGAGAAGGAGCUCGGGCUGAGGGUUCGGUACGGUGUGGACAUCGGGAGGAUCAGGGCGGUGCAGUCACCCAGAGACAGGAGCUACAUCCUGACUGACCAACAUGCCGCAGACUACACGUGCAGCGUCCUCCUGGUGGCCACGGGUCUGUGGGUUCCUCAGAAGGUGGAGUUUGUGGGUUCUGACCUGGUUGAAGGCUACGAGUCCAUCUCCACCGAUCCUGAGGACUACAAGGACCAGGCCGUUCUUAUUCUGGGGAAGGGGAACUCGGCCUUUGAAACGGCCCAGAGCAUCUUGGGAAAAGCCAGCAAGGUCCACAUGCUCAGCUCCAGCCCGGUCCGACUCGCCUGGCAAACUCAUUAUGUCGGAGACCUCAGAGCUGUGAAUAAUGAGCUCAUAGACACAUAUCAGCUGAAGUCCUUGGAUGGUCUGGCGGAGGCUCGUCUGGACAAAAUCGGCAUCACUCAACGAAAAGAGCAAAGCGGGAGGAGAUCGGGCGCUCAGAAGAAAGCAAAGUUUUACCUGACUCUAAAGAAGCACAUUCAACACCAGGAGAAGAAGAACAGCUCCGAUGCGCCAGGGGAGGAAAUGCCAGGGUAUCACAUUGACAACUUUUCGAUGCGAAAGCCCUACGACCGAGUGAUUCGAUGCCUCGGAUUCAGAUUCAACUUCAGCGUGUUUGACAGCUCUGCCUGCCCACCCACCAGUGACAACGCUAAAGGCAGGUUGCCCAGUGUGACGCCGUGGUAUGAAGGGAUGAACACCCCCGGUCUGUUUGUUCUGGGAACCGCUGCUCACUCCAGAGACUACCGCUCAUCUGCCGGCGGCUUCGUUCAUGGAUUCCGUUACACAGUGCGAGCCGUACACCGCGUACUUGAACAGCGUUACCAUAAUAACCCAUGGCCGUCGACUAAACUGAUGAUGACGCAGCUGCAGUCCUGGAUCCUGAAGCGGCUCGGCGAGGCCUCCGGGCCGUACCAAAUGUUUCAGGUGCUGGGGGACGUUAUACUUCUUCGAGGCUCUCACUGUGAAUACGUGGAAGAGUUUACUCUCCAGGCUCUGCCUCAGUUCUCCUCUGUCUCGGGCCACGAGGUCUCAGAACAUGGGCUGAUAGUCCUGGUGAUGCAGUACGGGAACAACAAGAUCGACUUUCUGGGGCGGAGCAGGGCCGAAACCGACUGGACCAAAGCCUGGAAAUCCAACUUCCUGCACCCUGUUUUAUACUACUAUGACACACUUCCUUCUGAGGAAGACAUGAGGCUGCGUCCCACUGGAUGGCCGUUACCGAGGCCCAAAGCGAUCCAUCACAUGGUGGAGGACUUCCUCGCAGAAUGGGACACUCCCAUUUCUCAUAUCCAGCCACUGCGGCGCUUCCUGGAGCACUGUGUCCAGACUGACCUCAGGGCCUUCUAUGCUGAAUCCUGUUUCCGCUCCUCCCUAACCCACCGCAAGCCACCGCUGUUUUGUCAGCAGGGAUACUUGAAGCAGCAGGGAGUCGCUCACAACAGCCAGCCUUGGCAGCAGGUUCACGACGCCGGACCGAUGCCUACUGAACAGGACACGGGAAAAACAUCAGGGUCCAACCCGGCGUUCCCAAACUACCUGGCACAAGCUGGAGCCUCUGUGUCUUCAGGACUGAAACUAGACUUCUGAUUGUUUUACUGAAGCGUGAUAAAGCUAAGCCUACGAUGCUGUUUAGGUCCCUCAGCUUUGCUACCUCCAGCAUCCAUAAUGAUUCUGUCCAUAAAACCAAAUACCGUGACAGGAUAUCAUCCUGCUGAUCAAUCGUUCCAAAUACUGUCGGCUUGUAACCCUUUAAAAUAAGGCAUGCAUAAUUACAGACAUGAUGUAAAUGUCAACACUUUCAACCAAAGAGUGAUUUUUCUUUCCUUUAUCAAAUCUUAAUUUGUGUGCAACAGAUGACUUGUGUGUUUCCUUUAUUUGGUAAUAAUCUCACAGCCCCUCCCACGUUAUCAUAAUGCAACCUGUUGGGGACCCGACCCCCCCAUGUUGGAAAUGACUGUUUAUCACUGGAGCGGCACGUUGCCCCUUGAAUAUCCCCCAUUGUUGUUCCUUAUAACAUAUUGAAGUGCUUUAUAGAUAGCCAUUUUCAUAUCAUGUAAAUCUAAAUUAUCUGAAGCUUUAUAGGUGGAGGGUGGGUGUUACAAAACGGUUAUCAUUCUACAUUUUACAUGAUGCUACAUGAUUAAACAUAUUAAAGAGAGAGUUUUUAAAUGAAA